GGGUAGCGAAACGAUUAAAGACGAUAAAGUAUUCUCUAGUGCAACAGAGGAAGAGAUUUCUACGCUCAGCAAUACUAUGACAUCACCAAACAUAAUAACUCCGGAACUGAUUAGCCUGAUAGAAUAUGCAACUGAACAUAGUCAUGGCGAUUCGACUGCAAUUCAAAUGCAAUCGCUACAUGUGCGUGGCUAUUUGGAGAAAACUUUGGUCCCUUUGUUGAUUCUUGGACUGCAAACAUUAGCAAAGGAGAGGCCUUCGAAACCAAUCGAGUAUCUGGCCGCAUUUCUUAUGAAGAACAAGAAUUUUGGAACAUGCAAAACGCGCUGCACAACAGAAAAAUGUAAUGCUUAACAGGAAAGGACUACCGUCUGAAUACCAUCGGCGAUUUGUUGCAAGACGCCGUUUGGAGAUAGGAAAGUUUUAUCAGAUAA